GUCUCCACACCUCCGCCCUAUGAAACCCGACCCUGCUAAUCUGCUAAGCGGACCGGUUGGACCACCGCACCACCACACCACACCGCAUCCGCAGUCCCACUGGACAGCCCGCAGGCGAGUGGAGACAGCUGGCUGGGACCAUGCUCGGGACACGGCUGGCACUCCUGGCCCUGGCGCUGGCCACCCAUGGGGAGCUCGGGGCGGCCCUGCAAUGCUACUCCUGUCCCGAGCCCAUGAGUGUGUCCAGCUGUGUCACCAUCGCCAACUGCAGUGCCAAUGAGACCAUGUGCAAGACCACGCUCUACUCCCGAGAGAUCGUGUACCCCUUCCUCGGAGACUCCACGGUGACCAAGUCCUGCGCCAGCAAGUGUGAACCCUCGGACGUGGACGGCAUCGGCCAGACCCGGCCGGUGUCCUGCUGCAACACCAAGCUGUGCAACGUGGACAGCGCAGUGCCCGCGGGCGGCCCCCACCACCUGGCCUUGGCCCUGGCCCUCGCCCCACUGCUGGGCCUCCACCUCUAGCCGCCCUCCUGACCCUGCUGCCCGCCCCCCCCCCCCCCCAGCCCCUGCGCAGCCCAGCCUCGCGUGCCUUAAAGAAGCAGCGCCCAC